AGAGAAGGAAACAAUUUACAAGAAAGCGAACACGUUACCGCGACAAAUACAGUGACCAGAGCAUCUAUGAAUGAACAGAAAUUGCCACAUUGUCUUGCAACAAGUGUGGUUUACGUUUGAGAUUCAAGACAUCAGCUUCAUCAACACCAUCAUCACCCUCAGAAAGUAUGAAAUUUUCUUGCACAGUGACAUCAUUGUCUGCCAGUGGGCACAUGAUCUUCAGCGGCCACGGCAGCUCAUGAUGAAGGCUGAGUCCGUCCUGAUGGAGGCAGGCGCUGGUACGACUUUGGAGAAAUCUUCCCCCUGAAGGAGGAGCGGUGUAGGACCACAGUCCUACAUGUCCUGACCCUCUGUGUGCACAAAGCCUACAGCAGCAUCUAGGAAAUCAGAGGUCUUCAAUAAGCCCUGAGGUUGGGAGCCUUCAUGGAAAAUUACCUUGUGACCAAGAGGGGAGGUCAGGACUGGUAGAGUCAGACUCCACUUGUCCUGAGAAGAGGAGGAGGCAGCAGCAGCAGCAGCAUCAGCAGCAGAGGGAGGAUGGCCUGUGCGUUCGGCUGAUGAGGGGACCGAAGUCGGGCCAUGGAGAAACUAAAAGGUCCCGCCGUGGGAUGCACCACAGCCACCUGUGGAUGGAGAGCCCUGCUUCUCCCGCAGCUGAACAGACAGUCCCUUUACGUGUACGGCAGCGAAAUGGCCGUGGAAAAGGAGUGCAUGCGACAGCUGCAGAGUGGAGUCUUUGUCAUCCACCCGUUCAGCCUCAUGAGGAGUUACUACAUCAUGUGCAUGAUGGCCAUCACAUUUCUGAACCUGAUUGGGAUUCCCAUGGAGAUAGCGUUUCUGGACGGAAACAGCGGGCUGGCAUGGGAAGGAUUUAACGUGUUUUCAGACACGUUGUUCCUGAUAGACGUGGCUCUGAAUUUCCGAAUGGGCAUCAUAGCAGAGGACGGCGAGGAAGCUAUUCUGGAUAUCAAGCGGAUCCGAGUCAGUUACCUGAGGACAUGGUUCAUACCGGACGUUAUAGCUGCUUUCCCAAUUGGCUACAUACUGCUGUUUGCGGACUUACAAUACCAUAACGAUGACAACCCCUCCAAGACCAACAAGAUGAUGAGGAUACUAAUGUUUGUGCGGAUCCUCAGCUUGAUCAGACUGGCUCGAGUGUCCAGAUUGGUCAGGUUCUUCAACGAAGUGGAGAAAGUGUCAAAUGCGAACUUGGAGGUGGUCCGCCUGUUCUUCCGCAUCUUAUCUUUGUUCAUGAUGAUUUUCCUGCUGUGUCACUGGAACGGCUGCAUCCAGUACUUUGUCCCCAUGCUGGAGGAGUUUCCCACUGACUGCUGGGUCCGGAAAGAAAACCUGAUGAAUGCCACAGUGAUCGUGAAGUACUCUUGGGGAGUUUUCCGAGCUCUCUCCCAGAUGAUUGCUCUCUCUUAUGGCUCCAUGGAUGCACCAACAAAUUAUGUUGAAAUGUGGAUCGUCAUGGUCAGUAUGGUGUCCGGCUGUCUGAUGUACACUGUCCUCGUGGCCAACGCUACAACCAUGAUUGCCAACGUCGACCCAGCGGCCAAGGAGUACAAGAGCAAGAUGAGCCGUUUGGAGCACUACAUGACCUUCAUGAAGCUGCCACCAGAGCUGCAGCUUCGUAUCAACAACUACUACCAGGCUCGCUAUGGAGGGAAGUGGUUUCAUGAGAAGGACGUCAUGGACACAGUGUCCUCAGCGCUCAAAGAGCAAAUCCUGAUGGUGAUGUGCAGCCGGCUGCUAAGAAACGUGCCUGUGUUUCAGAACAGAGAUGAAAACUUUAUCAACGCCGUCCUCCUCAAACUGGAGUACGAGGUUUUCCUUGAGGGAGACGCCAUCAUCCGACAGAACGUCCCAGGUGACCGCAUGUUCUUUAUUGACCACGGCCAGGUCCUCAUGGAGACUGAUUCCUACGAGAGGGAACUGUGUGAUGGAGACUUUUUUGGAGAGACAUGCGUGCUGACCAAAGGCAAACAUCUGGCCACAGUGAAGGCACUAACCGACUGCCAGUGCUUCUCUCUGUCCUGGGACGACUUUCAUGAGACGCUGGAGGGCUUCCCAGAUGUCAAGAAGGACUUAGAAAAAAUUAUUCAGCUCAACUCUGAUGGUGGACUUGUGUAAGACCAAAAACAGUACUUGGACUUUUUUACUGUAUGCAAAGGACAUGAGAUAUGGGUAUUUCCAGGACAUUGUGAUUAUAUGAUGGACAAGACUGUGGCUGAUUCCUCAUGUGGACACGAGUUGGACGCUUAUUCACUGAUGAAAUGGACAGUUUUAGACAGUUUUAUUUACCAUUUUCAUUCUGAUGGGAAUUAUUCUGUCUUCUGAUCCAUCAGUUAUCAGCAAUAAACAAAGACCUCAACAGUAAAGACAAACGUUGAUCUAUGCUUCCUUGUUCAUGUUGCGAUUUAGCAUUGAUGUUUGCAAAGUCUAUGCAUAUCUUAGUGACAAAACACGAAAUAUUCAGCACGCCUUCAAGGGAAAUUCUGGUUUCAUACAACUUGGGUUUUAUUUUCGGUGUUUUGGCCAUCAUUCCUAUCUAUAAAAACAUUGUACUCACCAAGUUCACUGCUGAGAUCUGGGAUCACAGCAACAUUGCUAAAACGGAAGUAAGACUGGGCAAGAAACACAAGCAGUCAAACAACAAACUCCCAUGUUAGCUAAACUUAUUUAAACAAAGGCAAAUUACUACCCAACUGUUCAAACAUCCAUCACAGUUCACUCCCUGUUCAGACUUUGUUGUAGCUAAGUCACCCUGUUCUCGGAUCUCAGCAAAUACUUUGAGAGCCACGCUAGCAGCUCUGUGAGGCUGUACUUAGACACAGUGGUGCUUUUAGCUAAAUGCUAAUAUCAGCAUGUUAACAUGCUCACGACAAUACUGACAUGUUGAUAUUUUAGCAGGUAUAAUGUUUACCAUGUUAACCAUCUCAGUUUAGCAUGUUAACAUACUAUCAUUUGCUAAUUAGCACUAAACACUAAUUACAGCUGAGGCCGAUGGGAAUGUGGAGUUUUGCAGGUAUUUAGUCAUAAACCAAAGUAUUGGACAAAGAGAAAUUUUGACCUCAUGAUGGCGCUAGAUACAAAAUUCAGGGGCUCACCAAAGUCAUUACAAUUCAUCCUCUGGGCACCAUUAAUGUCUGUACAAAAUUUCAAGCAAUCCAUCCAAUAUUUGUUGAGAUAUUUCAGUCUGGACCAAAGUGUGUGCGUGUGGGGGGGCUGACAUUGCCAUCCCUGGAGCCACGCCACUCGUUUCUCUAAGGAUGGCUUAGAUAAGACCCAAGUUAUAAUAAACUGGAAUUUGACUUAAAGGAAGGUUAAAAAAAAACAACUCAUGUAUGUCAUUUUUCUUUUUUUCUAAAAUGACAUUUAUUUCGAAGUAAUGACAUGUUAAUGCCACUGUGAAAACAACAAAAAUAAAGCCGAUACUGUAAUAUGAUUAUGAAACAUC